AUGUCUCGCAUCCAGAUCCCCCUCGAUCUCAUCACGUCCCGCCUCAAUCUUGGAGAGCGCUUCCAGGGCCUCCGCGCGGGACCUCUGAGCGGCCGCUUCUCCAAUCUGCGCCCAAUCUCCGAGUUCUUCGACUUCAAGCGCCUGUCCAAGCCGGCCAACUUUGCUGAGGUCCAGUCCCGCGUCAACUACAACCUGGGCCACUUCUCGAGCAACUAUGCCGUCCUCUUCCUCAUGCUCAGCAUUUACGCUCUGCUGACCAACUGGCUUCUGCUCUUCGACAUCAUCUUUGUGAUUGGAGGCAUGUUUUUGAUCAGCAAGCUCGACGGCCGAGACCUCGAGAUUGGAACCUUCAAGGCGACUACUUCCCAGCUUUGGACUGGAUUGUUGGUUGUCAGCAUUCCCAUUGGUCUCAUUGCUUCUCCUUUCUCAACCUUGCUGUGGCUCAUCGGAGCUAGCGGCGCAAGUAUUCUUGGUCACGCAAGUUUCAUGGACAAGCCUAUCGAUGAGGCUUUUUCCGGGGAGGCGGUCUAA